AUGAGUACUGCAUAAUUAGAAUAAAUUAGAUUAAAUGCUGUAUAACAAAUAGAUGAAGGUAUAUUCAUUAAAAUUAUUAUAAAUAGGCAAAAAACUAUAUAUGGGAGGCAAAACAUAUGAAAUAAAAAAAAAAGGAUUUGAUUUUAUGAAAUAAGGAUGUAUAGACCUUCUCCAAUAUACUAAAGCAGAAACUAAUAAAAAAUAUUAAAAUUUAGCUAAAGAGAAGUUGUCUAUGUAUUUACAAGAGCUUGAAUAAAUGAAACAAUAUUUAUCUACUUUUGAAAAACAUCAAAUAGAGCAAUAGAAUAAAAUUUAAGAGUAAUAAUAAGAAAAUUAAAGUUUAAAUAGUAAUAAUUAUUUUUAAAUUAGUUGAAAAUUAAGUCUUGAAAAUCAAUUUAGACAAUAUUAUACUAAAAGAAAAACCAAAUGUCUUAUGGGAAGAUAUAGCUGGAUUAGAAUAGGCCAAAUAAUCUUUGAAAGAAGCUGUUAUCAUGCCAAUAUAAUUUCCAAAUCUAUUUUUAGGAGCUCGAAAACCUUGGACUGGUAUCUUAUUAUAUGGAGUAUUAAUUGAUAAUUUUAAUUUUAGCCUCCAGGUACAGGUAAAACAUAUUUAGCUAAAGCUUGUGCAACAGAAUGCAAUGGAACUUUUCUUAGUGUUUCAAGUGCAGAUUUAAUAUCAAAAUAUACUGGUGAAUCAGAAAAAUCCAUUAAAUAACUAUUUUAAUUAGCAAGAGAGAAAAAACCUACUAUAAUUUUUAUUGAUGAAAUUGAUUCUUUAGCUAGUAAUAGAGAAAGUUCUGGAUCUUCAGAUAAUCUUAAAGGUGUUAAAAAUUAACUCUUAAUUGAAUUCUCAGGAAUUGGAUCAGAUAAUGAUUCAGUAUUAGUUUUAGGUGCAACCAAUUUACCUUGGGGUAUAGAUUUAGCUGUAAGAAGAAGAUUUGAAAAACGAAUAUAUAUUCCUCUUCCAGAUUAUGAAGGAAGAUUACAUUUACUUUAAAAUUAACUUAAAAAAACACCUAAUAAUCUAACUUUAGAUUAGAUUAAAGAUCUUGCUAAAAAAUUGGAAGGAUAUUCAGGAUCUGAUAUCAAUACUCUUAUUAGAGAUGCAUCUUAUGAAUAAUUAAGAGUAGUUUAAAAAGCAACUCAUUUCAAAAAAGUAUAAACUUAAAAUUAAAUUAAAUAUACUGCUUGUUCUUAAUCUGAUCCAAUGGCUGAAAAAAUUAAAUUAACAGAUUUAUCAAAUUAAUAAUUAUUGGUACCUGAAAUGAUUUAUGUAAAUCUUUACAUAUAAAUAUUAGAAUGACUUUUUGGCUGUACUUCCUAAAUGCAAACCUAGUGUUUCAUAAGAUAACUUAAAAUAGUAUGAAAAUUGGACUCAAUAAUUUGGAUAACAAGGAUGA